AUGCCUUGGCAUCAGAAGAACCCACAGUUCUCACAUGAUCCACACUCUGAGGCCCAGAGCCUGGAGAUUGCACAGAUCACCAAGGCCCUAGCGGAGACCUCCCUCUCCUCUCAUCCGCUAAUGCCUGGUGAUUGGAAGGCGGCUCCUGAAGCUGGUAUGGCCAGUAAUCCUGUGGGUCCUCAGAAUGUCUGUUUCUCUGCCAUUGCCUCUGAGGCCACUUCACCAACCAAGUCAGAGGAGGGCUCUGCCAGCCAGGGAAAGAAGAGUUCAAGCACUUUACUGGCUGAGGCAGAUACCCAGAAUAUGCUCAUGUACGAGGAGAAAGUGGCCAUCCUGGUGAAUUUCAUGCUUUUCAAGUAUCAAAUGAAAGAGCCAAUAACCAAGGCAGAUAUGUUGAAUACAGUCAUACAAGAAUACGAGCACUGCUUCACUGAGCUCCUGCUGAGAGCCUGCGAGCGCAUGGAGAUGAUCUUCGGCCUGGAUGUGCAGGAAGUGGAUCCCAUCAACCACAGCUAUGUCCUCCUUAUCAAAGCGGGCCUCACCUAUGAUGGGAUGAUGAGUGGUGAAGAGGGCGUGCCCAAGACCGGCAUCCUGAUUCUUGUGCUGGGUGUUAUUUUCAUAAAGGGCAAUCGGGCCACUGAAGAAGAAAUCUGGGAAGUUCUCAGUUUGAUGGGCAUUUAUCCUGGAGUGAAGCACUUCAUCUUUGGGGAUCCCAGGGAGAUCAUCAAAGAUUUUGUGAAGGAAAAUUAUUUGGUGUACCAGCAGGCAGCCAUACAUUCUGCACAAUUUGAAUUCCUGUGGGGCCCAAGGGCCCAGGCUGAAACAACCAAGAUGAAAGUCCUGCAGUUUCUGGCCAAGGUUAAUAGAACUGAUCCAAGUUGUUUCUCACCUCAGUAUGAGGAGGCCUUGAGGGAUGAAGAAGAGAGAGCCCGUGGCAAUAAUUCAGCCACAGCUGCGUUUACUUCUAUGGCCAGUGCCAAGUUCACCAACUUCCACACCUAG